UAAAUACACACAGCCAGCCUCAACAAUCCCCACAUGAUUUCAGGCUUUGUUCCCCUGUCGUCGGUCGGUCAUCUCUCUUCCAUCGAUAUAUACGUACACCGCUCAGUUUUUUAAUCUCACCGACUACAGAACUACGCAUGGCGGCGCCCUUGUGCAUAUUGGUGACCGGUGGUGCCGGUUAUAUAGGGAGUCACACCGUGUUGCAGCUGCUGCUAGACGGUUACAACACGGUGGUGGUCGACAAUUUAGAUAACUCGUCCGAAGAAGCUAUCACACGAGUUCGACAACUCGCCGGAGAUCGUGCGCAUAACCUAUCUUUUCACAAGACGGACGUCCGGGAUAAGCCUGCAUUAGAGCGGCUUUUUGCUACUACAAAGAUUGACGCAGUUAUACAUUUUGCUGGAUUAAAGGCAGUUGGUGAAAGUGUGGAGAAGCCUUUGAUGUAUUAUAACAAUAAUAUUAUUGGUACUAUAACUCUCUUGGAAGUUAUGGCUGCCUAUGGAUGCAAGAAGCUUGUGUUUUCAUCAUCGGCUACGGUAUAUGGUUGGCCAAAGGAGUUACCAUGCACAGAAGAGUUCCCCUUGUCUGCGGCCAACCCAUAUGGACGAACCAAGCUCAUGAUCGAGGAGAUAUGCCGUGAUAUAUAUGCAUCAGAUCCCGAGUGGAAAUUUGUAUUGUUAAGGUAUUUCAACCCUGUUGGAGCACAUCCUAGUGGCCGAAUUGGUGAAGAUCCUCAUGGAAUCCCAAAUAAUCUUAUGCCUUAUAUUCAACAUGUUGCUGUUGGUAGGCAACCCGCACUCCAAGUUUACGGAACUGAUUACUCCACAAAUGAUGGAACCGGGGUACGCGAUUACAUCCAUGUUGUAGAUCUAGCAGAUGGUCAUAAGGCUGCAUUGACAAAACUUUCUGAUCCUAAAAUAGGUUGUGAAGUUUACAACUUGGGGACGGGUAAAGGGACGUCGGUUAUGGAGAUGGUAUCAGCAUUCGAAAAGGCUUCCGGAAAGAAAAUCCCAUUAGUAAAGACUGGGCGACGGCAUGGCGAUGCUGAGAUUAUUUAUGCAUCAACCGCAAAGGCAGAACGUGAGUUGAAUUGGAAGGCAAAGUAUGGAAUAGAGGAGAUGUGUAGAGAUCAAUGGAACUGGGCAAGCAAGAACCCAUACGGUUAUCAACCCGACCCAAACCAAAGAAACAAAGUGAACGAAUAAACAGUCAUAUGGUGUAUCAUUACAAGUAUAGUAUCAUGCUUGCUCGUUUACAUGUAUCGAAACUAAAUGUAUCAUAUAAUAAACAAAAUAUUGAAUUUGUUUGAAGUUGUUA